UCUGGAGCCUGCCUCGCCAGAAGACUUCCCUUAUUCGGUCACAAGGAAAAUUGGAGUCGUGAGCAGGUAAAUCCCCCCUCGGACGCUGCCUCCGCACUCCAAAUCGCCGUCGAUCAAGGGAUACAAGCGUCGAAGUCGGGAUCGAACUCGCAGUUCGGAAGAGUUAUGGAUCUCCAGAAGCGGCGAGUACAGCUCCUGCUCUUCGUCGCCGGCCUAAUAGCGCUCAGCAUGACAGCUGAGAAAUUUAGGGAAUUUGUCGGAGAGGAAGCUGCAUCCAAAAGUGGAAAAUUCACAUUUUUGAACUGCUUCGACAUGGGCUCUGGAACACUUGCUUGUGUCGCCAAAGAGGGGGUCAAGCUCUAUGUCUACAACAUAAGAAAUUCACAUGUAGAAAGAGUAAGGCAACGUGCAACUGAGAUAGCCCUGACCGAGGCAAUCACCGGGGGCCUGAGUGCUAGUGUGGCGGCAAAGCAGGCGCUAAAAGCUGGAACCAAAGCUGCAAAGGAUGCAUCGAGGCAGGCCAGGCGCAUUGUGGGUCCAAUCAUAUCGUCAGGCUGGGAUUUCUUUGAAGCUAUAUACUUCGGAGGAACAAUGACAGAGGGUUUCCUUAGAGGGGCUGGCACUCUGUUUGGCACCUAUGCAGGAGGUUACCAGGGAGAGCAAAGACUGGGAAGAUUUGGCUAUCUCAUGGGAAGUCAUCUCGGUAGCUGGAUUGGAGGAAGGAUGGGAUUGAUGGUAUACGACAUCAUCUACGGACUCGACUACUUGAUUAAUUUUGUCCAACCAGAAGAAGAGACCUCAUUUGCCGGUAAUGGAGAUUCAGGAUCUGAAGAAACAUAUGGCUCAGGACAGAGUAUCGAGUAUGAGAUUCCUAGCGAACAAACCGAAGAAUAUGAGCAUGUUGAUGAAAACCGUGAAGCUUCUGAGGAUUGGAGCCUCUUCUGAUGAUGUUAGUUCAGUUAGAUGUUGGUCACUAUUUAGUGGUGUCCGAUAAACAAUAAUUUAUUGAUAUUGUAUGUGACUAGAUAGAUAUCCAAUGUUCUUAAUCUCAUCAGAGAUGUGUUAAAUGAUAUAAACUCUUGAGAUGUGUUAUGAGAUCCUCAAUGCAAUUGGAGUGAGUUUGUUCCAUCUAA